AUGAUGACAGAAAGCCACAACGAAUCAAUCCGCCUGUUCCCGUCUCCUCGGGUUACCAAGGCCACCUCAAUACCACUAUCCAUACUGGACUCAACUUGCGCUCGUUUCGGAAAUACCGGAGCGGUAUGGCUUUUUGGCGCGCCAGAGUCUGGACAACAGGAAGUUGGCAGGGAGUUCGUUGAUACCCUCAAGUCCUCUUUCGUCGCUACCUUGAGCGAUUUCCCUCAAUGGGCCGGCCAGCUCCACUGGGCGCCCUUCCGCUUGGGUGGCCAUCACACGGAGCGCUUCAACCGUGCUAUGAUCACAUACGGCUGUGAAUCAGAUCCCGGUGUGGAGUGGAAUGUUGUUCACCAUGAUUUCACCCUCAAUUCGAUCCUCCCGGGUUCGUCUGAGGUAUUGCACGGCGUUUGGUUGGGCGACACUUUCCCUCAGGGGGGGUUGAUCUCGCCGCGUCGGAUGGCUCUCUCCAAUCUGAAGGACUGUGAAGGGAUGCCUGGGAUGCAGGUGCAGAUCAACGUCUUCGCAUGUGGUGGAUACGGAGUUGGCAUCAAGCUGGCACACCCGCUCGCCGAUGCGAGUUCGAUGAUGGUCUUUGUGCACCAAUGGGCCGCGAAGUCGCGCGGAUUGUUUGGCGAACCAAGUUCUUCGCUGUUCGACGGCCCAGUGUUUGAUCCUUCUCAGCUCGAUUCUCGGGCAGCAGGGCAUAUUGACGGAGACGCAUUGGAUGAUAGCAUAGCGCAGACUGCGCGCUCGUUGCCUCUGCAUCGGUUUAGCUGGUGGGAUACCGAUGAACCUGGGUACUCGCCGUGGCUCGUCGCUUCUACGAAGAAUUCAAUGCCGCCCGCGGAUGUAUUGGAUCAAAUGACUGUAGCACCGUCAACGAUAGGGCCCUGGAGAACCUGGGACUUGACCAGGCCUGUAUCAUGGGGUCUGCUACAUUUUACUGGGCGAGAGCUCCUUCACCUGAAAUCGCUCGCAUUACAAGGCGUCCCUGAGGGAACCACAAUCUCCCAAACAGAUGCACUUAUGGCAGUCAUGUUCCGUCUGAUAACUCGUUCAAGAGCUUACACACAGGCUGAUGACGACGAGGUUUUCCUAAACGUUACGCUUGACGCCCGCCGCCGGGUUUCACCGCCGUUGUCAGAGACAUCCAUUGGAUCACCUUUACUGCUCACACACGUCAAGGGUCUGGCAUCAGCUGUCCGUAGCGCAAGCAUUGGCGAGCUAGCUUUGAGAUUGCGAACGACAAUUCAACUCUUUACACCGGAUAAGAUGGCCGCUAUACUCCAUGAUGCGGCGUAUGAGGUGUCGCCGCAGCGCCUGUGGCUAGGCUUUAUAGGAACGUUGCACAUCAUUGCAACUUCAUGGCAAAGAUUGAAAUUGUAUGAGGUGAUUUUCGAUAAGGGCGGCAAGAGACCCCAAUACGUUCACUCGGUCAUGGAUAAAUGUGACGGUACUUUGGUGAUACUAGAUCCCAUCACUACGGAUGGCGGGGUGGACAUUGCCCUGUACCUGGAUGCUGAGGCGAUGUCGCAUUUCAGGGAAGAGCUGCGCAAAGAAAGGAACGAGAUGGCAGCGCGCAUGUGA